UGUGUGUAUCACAGAUAAUGGCACCUCACUCCAAGAUGGACACAAGUUGUGAAGAGAUGCCAACAGAAGUACUUGAUGUUCCAGGUAAGAGUUCGGCCGCCAUGGCUCCUGCCCUCUCCACAGAACCUCUCAUUGAGGACAAUCCCUGGGAUCUGCCUGAAUUGCAGGACAUGGGGGUUAAAUGGGCAGAUCUGGACACUAAAGGGAAGAUCCUCCGAGUUCUAAUCACAGUAGGAAAGCUAAUCGGUCUGGUCGGUUUGCUGUACAUGUUUGUUUGCUCACUGGACAUCCUCAGCUCGGGCUUUCAGCUUGUUGGAGGUAAAGCAGCAGGGGACAUCUUCCAGGACAAUGCAGUGCUGUCAAAUCCUUUGGCAGGUCUGGUGAUUGGGAUGCUGGUAACUCUCCUGGUCCAGAGCUCUAGUACCUCUUCAUCAAUUGUGGUCAGCAUGGUCUCCUCUGGAUUGCUUAAAGUCUCAACCGCUGUUCCUGUGAUCAUGGGGACCAACAUUGGUACAUCAGUCACAAAUACCAUAGUGGCUAUGACACAAGUUGGCGACAGGAGAAAGUUCCGCAGGGCAUUUGCGGGUGCCACUGUGCACGAUUUCUUCAAUUGGCUUUCCGUCCUGGUGCUGUUGCCACUGGAAGUUGCCACAGGUUACCUGGUGAAGCUCACGGGCCUCAUUGUGAAGUCAUUCCACAUUCAAAGUGGAGAAAAUGCACCUGACCUCCUGAAUGUCAUUACCGACCCGCUUACCCUUUCUAUCAUAGAGCUUGAUGAGACUGUAAUAAGCGGCAUUGCUACCGGAGAUCCUGAAGCAAAAAACAAAUCUCUUAUCAAGAUGUGGUGCAAGACCUUCCAAAACACGACUCUACAGAAUGUGACAGUAGAAAACUGCACUGAUGGGUCUUGUUGGGAACUGAAAAAUGUUACAGAAAUUAUUAACAUAAAAAAAUGUCAUCACAUCUUCAUAAACACAACACUGUCUGACCUGUCAGUGGGUCUGAUUUUACUGUUCUGCUCUUUGCUGGUGCUGUGCACUUGCCUCAUUUUGAUUGUGAAGCUGCUGAACUCAAUGCUCAAGGGCCAGGUGGCUGUAGUCAUCAAGAAGAUAAUCAACACAGAUUUUCCAUUCCCGUUUGGGUGGUUGACUGGAUACAUUGCGAUCAUAGUGGGAGCCGGAAUGACAUUUAUUGUGCAGAGCAGCUCUGUCUUCACCUCCGCUAUAACUCCUCUUGUAGGUAUUGGUGUCAUAAGCAUCGAAAGGGUAUAUCCUCUAUCCCUGGGAGCCAAUAUUGGCACGACCACAACAGCAAUAUUAGCAGCCAUGGCCAGUCCAGGAGAAACGCUGGCAAAUUCAUUACAGAUAGCCCUGGUUCAUCUCUUCUUCAACCUCUCUGGGAUCUUGCUGUGGUACCCGUUCCCCUUUACACGUCUCCCCAUUCGUAUGGCGAAGGCUCUCGGUAACAUAACGGCCCAGUACAGAUGGUUUGCUUUCUGCUAUAUCAUCCUCUGCUUCUUCGCCAUCCCUCUUCUGGUCUUCGGCUUCUCUCUGGCUGGUUGGCAGGUCCUAGUGGGGGUGCUUGUCCCCAUCGUGGUUGUUCUGGUCUUCGCUAUCGUCGUUAAUGUUCUACAAAAGCACAAACCACAGUGGCUUCCUUCCUGUCUCCGAUCUUGGGACUUUCUCCCUCUGUGGGCUCACUCUCUGGAACCCUGGGAUAGAGUUGUCGUUGUUAUGGCCGCUCGCUGCUGUUGUUGUUGUAAGUGCUGUAAUUCUAUGACGGGAGAUGGGGAGACGGGAAAACACGAAAAUAAGGAUAACGGACUAGAGAUGUAUGACAAUCCAACAAUCACUGUGGAGAUCAAAGAGGAUAAGAAAACAUUGGACGCCCCUGAAAUCCUCAAGGCAACCUCUUUAUAGACACAUUGCACAUUUAUGUAUUAUUAAUUUAUUA